CAUCCUCUGGCAGGCACCCAGCCCCUGCCAGGUGCAGCCCCUGCUUUUUGGCUUCCCUUUCCCCCUCCUACACCUGGCACUGCCCUGUCCUCACCUCCCUCUCCCCUUUCCUAAUUGUGACCCUGCCCUGCUCCCUCCUCUGCUCACCAUCCCCUCUCUAAACCCUUCACAGAACCUUUCCCUGCCCCUGGUGGGGGUCCUGCAGCCCCUUUCCCUGGAAGGGGGAUCAGCCUUUCCUCCUCUGCCAGCUGAACUCCUUCCUGGAGCUACUGGGCCGUGUAACUGAAUGCCCUCAGCGUGGAUCUUGGCUCGGUUGGAAUGCUUGGAUGCACAGCAGCUCUUCCCAUAGCUUCUUUUCCUCUGCCCCAUUACAAGAAGAUGGCAAAAGCCAACAUUACCAGAGACAUCAUCCACAGACAGAUCAAGGAGAGGGGAGCGCUGGGCUUCGAGCGGCACUACCACGUCACUGACCCCUUCAUCCGCCGCCUGGGCCUGGAGGCAGAACUGCAGGGUCACUCUGGGUGUGUCAACUGUCUAGAGUGGAAUGAAAAAGGAGACUUGUUGGCCUCUGGCUCUGAUGACCAGCACACCAUUGUCUGGGAUCCUCUGCACCACAAGAAACUCCUUUCCAUGCACACAGGACAUACUGCGAACAUCUUUUCUGUCAAGUUCUUGCCACAUUCGGGGGAUCGGAUCCUCAUCACGGGAGCUGCGGAUUCCAAGGUGCACGUCCAUGACUUGACUGUCAAGGAGACAGUCCACAUGUUUGGAGACCACACCAACAGAGUGAAGCGGAUUGCCACGGCUCCCAUGUGGCCAAACACCUUCUGGAGUGCAGCAGAAGAUGGGUUGAUCAGACAGUACGACCUGCGAGAGAACAGCAAACGCUCCGAGGUCCUGAUAGACCUGACUGAGUACUGUGGGCAGCUGGUGGAGGCCAAAUGCCUGACAGUGAACCCCCAGGACAACAACUACCUGGCAGUGGGGGCCAGCGGGCCCUUCGUGCGGCUCUACGACAUCCGCAUGAUCCACAACCACAGGAAAAGCAUGAAGCAGAGCCCUUCAGCUGGAGUACACACGUUCUGUGACCGACAGAAGCCCCUCCCGGACGGCGCGGCGCAGUACUACGUGGCAGGGCACCUUCCAGUGAAGCUUCCGGACUACAACAACAGGCUGAGGGUUCUGGUGGCCACAUAUGUCACCUUCAGUCCUGAUGGCACUGAGCUCUUGGUCAACAUGGGAGGGGAGCAGGUCUAUUUGUUUGAUCUGACAUACAAACAGCGACCGUACACUUUCCUCCUCCCGAAGAAGUGCCACACUUCAGGGGAAGUGCAGAAUGGAAAAACCUCUACCAACGGAGUGUCGAAUGGCAUCCACCUCCACAGCAACGGCUUCCGCCUGUCCGAGGGGAGGGCACACGUGAGCCCCCAAGUGGAGUUACCUCCUUACCUGGAGAGGAUCAAGCAGCAAGCCAACGAGGCCUUUGCCUGCCAGCUGUGGACUCAGGCCAUCCAGCUCUACAGCAAAGCAGUGCAGAAAGCCCCCAACAAUGCCAUGCUCUAUGGGAACAGGGCUGCUGCCUACAUGAAGCGCAAGUGGGACGGGGACCAUUACGAUGCUCUGAGAGACUGCUUGAAGGCCAUAUCCUUAAAUCCAUGCCACCUGAAGGCCCAUUUCCGCCUCGCCCGCUGUCUCUUUGAACUCAAGUAUGUGGCAGAAGCACUGGAGUGUCUGGAUGACUUUAAAGGGAAGUUUCCAGAACAAGCACACAGCAGUGCCUGCGAUGCAUUGGACAGGGACAUCAAUGCAGCCCUUUUCUCCAAGAGUGAUAAUGCUGAAGACAAGAAAGGGGGAGGCCCCAUCCGGCUCCGAGCCACAGGCCGCAAGGAUUCCAUCUCUGAGGACGAGAUGGUGCUGAGGGAGCGCAGCUACGACUACAAAUUCCGAUACUGUGGCCACUGUAACACCACUACAGACAUCAAAGAGGCCAAUUUCUUUGGCAGCAAUGCACAGUACAUAGUCAGCGGGUCGGAUGAUGGCUCCUUCUUCAUCUGGGAGAAGGAAACCACCAACCUGGUCCGAGUGCUGCAGGGAGACGAGUCCAUUGUGAACUGUCUCCAGCCUCAUCCCAGCUACUGCUUCCUGGCUACCAGCGGCAUCGACCCGGUCGUGCGACUGUGGAACCCCAGGCCAGAGAGUGAAACGCUCAACGGCCGCGUGGUGGUGGACAUGGAAGGUGCUUCCCAGGCCAACCAGAGGCGGAUGAACGCGGACCCUCUGGAGGUGAUGUUGCUCAACAUGGGGUACCGGAUCACAGGACUGACCAGUGGUGGGGCUGGAGGCUCAGAUGAUGAAGACAGCUCAGAGGGGCAAGUCCAGUGCCGGCCCAGCUAAAAUAGAACUGCCUCUCCUUCCUCUAAUUGUUUGGCUGAAAGGGAACCUAGUUUCCUUGGUCCUGGACUCUCUCUGAUGAAUGACUGCACUGUUUCGCACUAUGCACAGAGUAGGACAAGCUGGCAGGGGCAGGAGCGGCCGUCUCUGUAAACCAUCACCUCCUCCUCCUCCUCCUCCACAGCAUGGCAGUGCAGUCCGGGGUUUGCCUUUAGUGGAAUUUAGUCCCAACAGGGGUCUUUGAGUUGUCUGUAAGCAGUGUAACUGGUGAUUAUUUUUCCAGAGCUGCUGUAUGAUGUGGUACAGGGUGAUGUUGCCUGCAUUGCAGAGGGGAUGUUAAAUUCCUGAAUAAAAUACAAACCUAGGGCAGGGGUUAUGGAAUGAAUUUACUGCAGUGAUUCUGAAAGCUUGACUCUGUGCUACCAGCCUGUCUAGAGGCCCCCAGUUUAGGGUUGUUGGCCAUGAAACACCUGGUUUAUCCCAUAACAUCUUUCUUCUGGCUUCCAUCUCAGACACAUUGUCAGCAGAUGUGGCUGUGCUGUACUGAGGACUGGAGAUUGCCUGUCUUGUCCCCCUGUCUUAGCUGAAGGAUUGUUGAAGGCACUGGAUAUGUGCAGCUCAAUGGGGCAGGAUGUGCUUGCCCAGUUCUGGUACUUUCUCCUGUGGUCCAUGAACCCAUGGAGGGAGGUGACAGCAGCGGGGACAGGUUGGGUCAGAGGCUUAGGACUUGUGUAGCUGAAGCUGCUGAGGAAAGGGGCAGGUCACAGCCUCUCUCUCUGUUGCCCAGUGUGUGUAGCUGUGUUCACCUUCUCCUCUCCAUGUCACCAUGUGUGGGAGCUGAGAACGUUGUCACCGUGUGUAUGUUACAACUACAGUUUGGAGCUGUUAGAAGCAGCAUUUCUGGGCAGCCAGCUGCUCUGUCUUGGCCGAGGUGGGCCUUUUCUGCCUCGUUGUUGGUGUGACAUUGGAUGGAUUCGUGAUCCUCUCAGGAAACCUCCUUCCUCUUCCCGCUCUCCACACACUGACUGGCUGCAGAGCCAGGAGUGCACCAAGAAACGCAGCACUGGUACUUCCAUUCCUUCCCCUCUCAUGUAGCACACAGCCCUGUUUUUCCCUCUUGCAGUUGCCAAACACUAAAUACCCAACAGAUCUUACACAGCUGUGCUACAACCGAACCCGCAGAGGUUGUUUUUUUCUAGGACUAUCAACUAAGACCAAAGAGCCCCUGGAGAUCUGAACCGCUCUGCGCUGUCUCGUAGCUCUUCCUGCUGAAGGUCUGAACAUGCCAGCCUUGGUCCCAGGGGUGUGAGGUGUGUGUCUGGGAGUGUGUGCGCAUGUGUGUGUGCUGUUCUUCCAUGUGGUGCAAUCCCUGGUCUUCCUGUUGCUGCUGUGGAAAGAGGAGAGGCCUCCUUUUCCUCCUCUGGCUGUUUCUGGCUGCCAGGCGUUGCUGAGCGAGGCUGCGCAGUGCUGGCUGAGCAAGGGCUGCCUCUCCCUUCCAGAACAGUCUUUGAGAUGAGGAGGGAGAGAGGUCAUGGAGUCUGGCAGCAUCUCUCCAAGGACACUGUUCCCUGCAGGGAGAGAGAACUGGGAUCUCAUCCCUGCCCCUCAGACAGACGUCACCUGCUCUGUCUCGGAGUGAAGCCGAGCCCACCCCGGUUUUGUGAGAACCCCUUGAAACAACCACCUCCCCUCGUGCUCUGGGGUGGCAGAGUCCUCUCCACCUUCUCCCACUGAGGCAGAGCUCACCUGGGACAGGUCACUCUGCUCCCGAGGGCAGCUUUGCUUGUUUUCACACAGAACCCACGACUGUUCAGUUCACCUGUUUGCUGGGGUACAGGCUCCCCCACCCCGGGUGUACCUGCUCUUCAAGACCCAGAGGCAGCAGAAAAUUCUCCUCACUUGGGUGGCUUUCUGACACGCUCUGCCCUUUUCUUUUUUUGCUUAAGGCUUCCUACUAGAUGCAUCCUUUUUUUUUUUUUUAUUUCCCCCUCUUCUCCUCCCACUCAAACUUUUUUUUCAGCUUUCAGUAGACAACGUCUGCAGACUUUGAUUUUUAGACUGAGAGACUGAGAUGGAAAGCUCUGAAGAGAACAAACCUCUCCCUCCCCGUUCACCUUUUGCUGUGGCAGCUAUUUUUUGGGGUUUUUUUACACUCGUGAGACAGUGCAGCUCUUUUACCUGCCAGUUGCAGUGUGAAAGCAAACAGAUUCCCUGCCUCUGCAGUGGGUUGCUGUUUUUAAUGGCUGCUUUGGUUAAAAAAAAAAAAAAAGAUAAAUAAUAAUAGGAGUGAAAAAUCUUUCUGCCUCCAGCCCCUUUUCCCCUUGUUGUGGGCAGAUUACCUGCUUGUCACUUGUUAAUGAGGAAUUUGUAUUUAUUGGUGAAGGGAAAAAACAUGCUGGGGAAGUCGGGAGAAGAUGUUGCUUUAUUGACCUCUGCUGUUUACUUCAACCCCCUCUUUGGGAAAGCUUCUUCCUGCUCUUUCUGGUUAACUCUUUCUAGCCUGGGAUAUGCAGGGAUGCCUCCUUUAUUUUUGUAUUCUAGCAAUGGGCUCUCCGUUAGGAGACUCUAGGAUUCUCUUCGUGUUGCAGUGACCAUUGCUUCUCGCUUUUUUCGAGUACUAAAGAUGAUCAUCUCGUAAACUUUGCCCCUGCAGUUGUAGAGGUAACACACGAGCCUUACUGCCCUCAUUAGUAGGAGCAGAAAACUUGUUUCUCUGGUCCCUGGAAGAGAAAGGGUUAAGCGAUUAAAUAAUUCUUUGUUCUA